AUGAGGAAGAGUGCCUGCUUGGUCUCCUGCGCAACUCAUGAACCGACUUCCAGGUUGGUGGCUACACCAAAACCUGUUGCCAGACCUGCGGACCCAUUGGAAGUUAAGGAGAGAGAAGCGCUGGCAGAUCAGGCAGACGCAUCUCGCACAGAUGAUCCUGCAGAAGACGCCGCUUCUCCUGAACAAGCCGAGAAGGAUUCUCUCGAUGGCUUCACGCACGAGGAGAUUUCAGCUUUGUCCCAGGCAACUGCAAAGUCAAGGGCGCAACCUUUUUCAGCCAUUUCAGCUCAGGCGCUCAACCAGCUGCCAGAGGUGAGCGUGCCACAGUCGCAGCCGCCAUCGGACAUCUUCCGCGCCAUGCCUAAGCAGGACAAGACACGGAGACCCACUGAAAAGCAAUUCCAAGGCCACUUUGUGUUGUCAGUGUGCUGCGUGACUGGGCUUCCAAGGACAAGCCGAAACCUGCUGGGGGAAGAGGAAGAGGUGGAGGACAAUGGCGAAGUGCGAUUGUGCUUCCAAGAAGAGUUCAGGCCAGGUCGACGGAGCAGCAUCGACACAGGGGCAGUGUCAAGAGGCCUAGAUGCAAAGAAGGGGGCAGGGCGAGGCACUUUGAAUGACGUCUACAUCGCAAAAGACAGUGUGAAGCGCAUGUUGGGUCGUCCGAAUUCGGUGCAGAAUAGAUCUUUUACCAGCGAGUUUGUCCGAGUGAUUGAUGAUUUGCGUGCAGCUUCCCUGGAUGAGGAGGAGCCUUCAAGCAGUGUACAGUUUCGGCUGGGCUCUUGUCAGGGCCUUUGGCGCAGUUUCCACAGUUUUCCUUCCGUGCCCAUGUUGACCAUGAGGCUCAUCGGUUCCUGCAGUGGUGGCUCACUCUUAAAAUUUGCCCUCCAUGACUUGAAGCGAAGCGCCAAGGUUGCGUUUUGGUAUGUCGUGUCAUUCUUCGGCAUUGUGCUGAACAAGACGAUCCUCUCACCAGGUGAACAAGGCCGUGUUGAUGUUGGGCCUUUGGCUUUGGUGCUGGUCCAGAUGCUGUCCACGGUCGUCUUUGGCAAGAUGCGCGAAGUCAUUGGCAGUCGUGGAGCUUCUUCCACUUCAACAGCGAAGCUAGAUUGGGUCAAGUUGAGAAAAAGCUUGCUGGUCCUUGGCCUCUUCCGGUUCUUCGUGGCCGUGAUGGGCUUAAUCAGCUUGCGAUACGUCGCGGCGUCCUUCACAGAGACAAUCAAGGCCUCCAGCCCCUUCUUCACAGUGGUGGCUGCUUGGUUCUUGACCGGUGAGCAGACGCCGCUGCCGGUGAUGAUGACCCUGAUACCGGUCAUGCUAGGCCUCAUCUCAGCCGCAGCCGGCGAGCACUCCUUCACGCACGUUGGUUUUGCGGCUGCUGUCCUGGCCAACUUAGCCGAAUGCGUGCAGAACGUUUUCUGCUCGCAGCUGCUUCAGCCAGGACCUGAUGGAGCCAGACUCACCUCCGGCCAGCUCCAGUACUACAGUGCCUGCGCUUCAUUGGUGGUUCAGAUCCCAUUCUUUGCUGCAGCUUUUCUUCAAGGCAGCCUGGUUCUUCCCGUUGGGGCAGUGCACUGGACGUGGCUUUUUACUGCAGGUUUUGCGUAUUUCUUACAGUCGGCUUUAGCCUUCAAAAUCAUGUCAUGUUACUCUCCUGUCACCCUCUCUGUGAUGAACACUGCGAAGAGGGCGUUGAUCAUUUGCUUCUCCGCUCUCUAUUUCGGCAAUGUCAUUACUGACACAGCCUUGUGUGGCACUGUCGUCACACUGCUGGGCAGUGGUUUAUACAGUUAUCUGAAGAGCACUAUCCGAGCUGCUCCGAGUGUCAAAGCUGGAGGGAAGGACUACAAAUCGGAGGAGAGCUCCUCCAAGGCCGUGGCCGUGCUGACGACCAAGGCCUCGGGCAAGACUGUUUCGAGCGCAGGCAAAGUGGCGCAGCACAAGGCAGGUCUGGACAAGCCAUUCCACUUCUGGCAUUUUCUGAGCUCUUUCUGCUUCGGCACAGUAUCUUUCGACAACCAAGGUGCUCUGCGUCUGCAAGCGUUGCCAGUGCCUCGCUUGGCAAGGCGGGAUACACAGCAUCCACGCACCCGCAGCCCGGGCAUCCCGGCCCGGCAGCAGGUCAUCCAAGAUCAGGCGACAACGAGCUGCCGCAUCACCUCCAAGCUUCCGGGAGACCUAUGCAAGUUUUCACUUGCGGUUGCGGGCACCUUGGCGCAGAGCUGUUGUGCUCACUCUUGCUGCAGCGCGGCAUUCGCAGCGUCCUGGACGUGCGUGAGCUGGACCACAGCACAAAGCGGCCAUGGUUCAACAGCGACGUGCCCCUAUGCAAGUGUCCUGGCAGAGACCAUGGCCAACUUUGGCUUGGAGUACAGGUACUCCGGCCAGCAGGAAGAAAACGUUUGGGCGGCCGUGGUCAUUUCAGCUCUGUUGGAGCUGCCGCCGCCUCGUUGCUUGCUGGGCCUGCGAUCUUUGGCGAGGGAGUGCCCCCGGCUUCGUUUAGCACAGCAUCUCACAGAAAUGGAGUGGGAGGUCAUCCAUCUGCAGCCGUGUUCAGAGGCUCCGCCUGAGCUCAAGCUUGUUGAGUACCCGCACACCGAAGUCUAUGCCCGGCAAGAAUACCUGGCCGAGCACAUCUGCAAAGUGACUGCCGGCCUGAAGGCCGAAAUGGGGCUUUCCACCAGCUGGCAGCAACGGAUACAGGCACGUUAUCGUGUCAUUUCUUGGGACAAGUGGGACGCAACCAGGCGCUUUCCGGCACCUGGGGAGCCAGCACUCGUGAUCGCCUUGCCGUUCGAGACCUCUCUUCUAGCGAUUCCGGGUUUUCUCACCAAGGAGGAAAUCUUCAAACUGCAGCAAGCAGCAUUGCCGGGAGCCCUGAGCUACGAACAACCUAGACGUCAGGUGAGAAAUCCUGAUGGGAGCUUCACACACUUCAACGAGCGGCAUAAAGAGGCGUGGCUUUGCAACGAUUACGACUACCGCGACACUCGCCGUGUUGCGCCACCUCGCGUACAUGUUGGACAAAAGUUGUCUGGCAAGCUAGAGGAGACCCUCAUGCGCGCUGCAGAGGCAAUCUCCUCACCAUUAAAUGGCAUCAUGUGCAGAUGGGAGCCACCAGGUAUCCACCUGAAAGAUGGACCACACACGUACGCCACUCAUUGUGGAUGGGGACAUGACACCGUCAUUGCUCUCAUGGCUGUUGGCGCGACGCGAGUGUACCACAUCCAUGGCAUUCCCUGGUACUAUGGUCGAGGCCGACGUGAAGUUGCCUCUGUCAACAUCCCGCUCGAAGAAGGUUUGCUGAUUGCUUUGGGUGGGCCCCUCCGCGAGAAGUGGCUCUAUGCGCAGCCUCGCGAUGAGGAGUUGCUUCCUGAGCGUGUGCAGUUCACGCUGCAGCUCCAUGCAGACGCAGAAGUCAUGAAGGGUGGAGAUCAAGCUGCUGCCUACAGCUGGACGGAAGACUGCGAAGGCAGUCAGGAGUUGCCAGCCAAACCAAGUUUGCCACAACAUCGGGAACGGGAUGGUUUGAUGACUGGUUGA